CGGCCCCGGCCCCCACCCCCGCCGGGAAUCCGACGUGGAAGUUGCUGGCUGACCGGGCUUGAGAGGAGACCGCCUUGGAGCCGCGACUGGAGGGCAAAGCUAGCGGAGGUGGCGGCGCCGAGGCUGGAAUAGCAGUCGUUGCCGAGUCGAGGCCUGCCUCCGAGGACCGACGAGGGCCGACUGGCGGGUCAUCAUGGGUGGCUUUUUCUCGAGCAUUUUUUCCAGUCUCUUUGGAACCCGGGAAAUGAGGAUUUUAAUUUUGGGAUUAGAUGGUGCAGGAAAAACCACAAUUUUGUACAGAUUACAGGUUGGAGAAGUUGUUACUACUAUUCCUACUAUUGGCUUUAAUGUAGAGACGGUGACAUACAAAAACCUUAAAUUCCAAGUUUGGGAUUUAGGAGGACAGACAAGUAUCAGACCAUACUGGAGAUGUUAUUAUUCAAACACAGAUGCAGUCAUUUAUGUAGUAGACAGUUGUGACCGAGACCGAAUUGGCAUUUCUAAAUCAGAGUUAGUUGCCAUGUUGGAGGAAGAAGAGCUGAGAAAAGCCAUUUUAGUGGUGUUUGCAAAUAAACAAGACAUGGAGCAGGCCAUGACUCCCUCAGAGAUGGCAAACUCACUUGGGUUACCUGCCUUGAAGGACCGAAAAUGGCAGAUAUUCAAAACAUCAGCAACCAAAGGCACUGGCCUUGAUGAGGCAAUGGAAUGGUUAGUCGAAACAUUAAAAAGCAGACAGUAAUUCAAUCACUUCAUCUCCUCUGAAAUGAAGGCUGCAUCACAUUCUCUUUUUAGAACCAAGCAGGUGUACAUCACAUCACUAAGUGUUGAAACUACACGAUUGUUGGCAUAUACAGAACUGACUGUAAAGUUCAUAAUAAAUACAAAAAAAUAAGUAUUUGGAGGGGUAACUUGAUUGAAUCAUCUGAAUAUUCUAUGUAAUGUAAAAACAUUCUUUCCUUGCUUUCUUGAAGGUAUAUAUUCUAUUUGUAUGGAAUUCUUAUUCAAAUACAGUUCUAUUAAAGAAUGCACUCUCUUAUUCAAAUACA